AUGAUCAUAUUUUCAUUUCUUAUUUCAAUAGCAAUAGCGUGCAAUUCGUUGAGUGAAUCUGAAUCCAUAAAUUUGGAGAAUGGAAAGAAAUAAGAAUUAUGUUUUAAAGUGAAUACAAAUUUACCAACAAUAGUUUAAUUAGUUAAAUAUGUGGAUGAAGGUUCCAAGAAAAAAAAGAAAAAGGGCAGCAAAGAAGAAGAAGAGGAUGAUGAAAAUAUAUUAAUUUAUGAGGAAGUAGCAGUAGGUUAGUGCAAAUUAAAGCAAGGACAAAGAGUAUGUUAUUUUGAAAAAGGUAAAGAUAGAUUAGAAGUUGAUUUACUCUGCACAAAAGGCCCUUGUAAAUUUAAUGUAAUUGUAAUGCAGGAGGAGGUGAAACAAUUGUAAAUUGGUAAACAAUCAAAGUAGAAAUUGAAAUUAUUGAAUAUCGCUUAGAACUCCAAUUAUAGAGUAGUUUAUUCGAUAAAAUGCAAUAAUUGUGUCAUUACUAAUGCGGAUCUAUGGUAUUUUGGGGAGGAGCCAACCAUUAUGUAAAGUGACACAAGAUUUAUAGCUGUAUAUUAUGACGGGAUAGAGAGUGAAACAACUUUGAUUUUGAUUGGGGAAUAGGAAUUUGAAAUUGAAAGAUUUGAAUAUGUGAAAUAACAGAAGUUGAAUGUUUAAUUAAAUAAUGAUUGA